CACAGUCACAUUUUCAUCGGUUUCUUUGUGCAUUUGUAACAUGGCAGGGAGAGAUAAUUCCAGAAACAAAAUCCCAACUUGGUCUUCAGAUGUAAAAAUGAAGAAGAGGGGUAGGCCUCCAAAGUCAAAUCGAGGUCGAGGACGUCCUCCUUCUUCUCCUAGCCCUUCUGGAAAUCGAGGAUAUUGUCCUUCUCCUAGCUCUUCCGGAGUUCGAGGAUGUUCUCCUUCUCCUAGCCCUUCCCCAGUUCGACCAGAUACAGUUUCUAACGUUGGGACUGGAUCAGACUUAGUCCCUCACCAGCUCACUGUGAAUGUUGGGGAGGACUUGAUAGAAAAGGUAGCAGCAUUUGGUAAAAGAUCCUCUCAAACCGUUUGCAUACUUUCUUGUGUGGGUGCCAUAUCGAGCGUUGUCUUUCGCAAGCCAGGUGUUCCAAGUACUGAUACUGUGACGUGGGAGGGUCGCUUUGAUAUUUUGCAACUAUCUGGAAACUAUACCUUUGUCCCUGGUCAGGAUAAUGUGUAUGGAGGAAAUAACUGCUGGAACCUUACAAUAUCUGAUUGUCGUGGAGCAGUUUUUGGAGGUUCUGUUGUUGGGCCAAUGAUUGUGGCUACCCCUGUUUAUCUUAUUCUUGGCACUUUCAAGCUAGGGAGUGUGGAAAAACUAACAUCUGGACCCGAAUGUGCUACUGCUCCAACAUCCGGACCCGCAUGUGCUACUGCUCCAACAUCCGGACCCGCAUGUGCUACUGCUCCAACAUCUGAACCCGCCUGUUCUACUGCUCCAACAUCUGGACCUCUUCUCAUUCCUAAAACAGAGUAUGAAGAAUCAGAGAGUCUCACUACUCCUGUAACAGCUGAUAAAACUUCAGAGAGUCUCACUACUCCUAAAACAGCUGAUAAAACUUCAGAGUGUGUGACUACUCCUCAAACAGCUGAUAAAACUUCAGAGAGUGUCACUACUACUCCUAAAGCAACUGAUGAACCAACAGAAAAUGAUACUUCUACCACAGAAAAGGUUCCCGCAGGCGAAAAACAGAGUGUCACUCCUGAAAUAACUGAUAAACCGCAGGAGGAACUCAGUUCUGAAACAGUUGAUAAACCACCUGAGAAUGUCACUCCUUCAACAUCUGAUAAGCCACCUGAGGAGGAUGUCACUCCUGCAACAUCUGAUAAACCGCCUGAGAAUGUUUCUCCUGCUACAACUAGAAACUCACCAGAGGAUGUCGUUGCUUCAACAUCUGAUACAUCAUUACCUGCUUCGAUAAAGCAUAGCGGUGACAUGGAUUGCAGAUAAUGCAAACCAUCUCAGGCUAAAGAAUCUAGGGGGCCGCUGUAAAGGUGAAAUACUUUUUUUUUUUUUAGUUUUCUUAGGAGGAGAUCUUAGCUAGCUGAUAAGAAGCUUUGCAUUUUUUAGACAGGGGAAUUAACCUUUACCAUUUUGUUGUCUUUUGCUCCUACAGACAAUGCUGUAGUGGAUGAAACGUGUACAUUUGUCAAUGACAGUCUCAUGGCUCCUCUUACAAUAAUAUACAUUUUCAGAAAAAAAUUUAUAAUCAUAUUGAUUACCCUUUUUAAGAUUUAAACUAAUUAUUCGUCUUAAAAACAACUUGAUUAUUGUUUGCA